AUGGCCGACGACGACUAUGACGUGGAGGCGAUCACGCGGGCGACACAAGAGUUUGAGAAGAAAACCUGCGUCCGGUUCAAACCCCACGCAGGCGAAACGGACUUCAUUCACAUCCAGAAUUUGGGCGGACCUCUCAGCAAGAACUGGUCACUGCUGGGGAAGCAGGGGGGGGAGCAGCCGCUGUCCCUGGAGCCCGGCAAGGUGACCAAGGGCACGGUUCUGCACGAGUUGAUGCACGCGCUCGGCUUCCAGCACGAGCACUGCCGGAGCGACCGUGACAAGCACGUCUGGGUGGUGCCAGAGAACGUCAAGGAAGAAUGGAGUGAUCAGAUUGUGGACAUCAAAUCAAACGAACAGGAUUUGGCAGCGCCCUACGACUGCAGCUCCAUCAUGCACUACAGCAUGUUGGCAGGCUCUGUGGAUGAGCGCAACCCAACGAUCAUCCCCAGGGACGUUUUGUCCAUGCUGCACAUGGGACAAAGAAAUUCGCUGAGUCCCUGCGACGUGGUCAAGGUGCAGAAGCUGUACGGCUACGAGGCGGAGGUGCACGCCGCUCCCGCAGCGGUGGUCAGGAGGAGCAGAACCUCGGCUGAUAAGGAGGCGCCGCUGGACAGCCGCGUCGGCGUUUGGAAGGCGAAGACAAAAGAAGAAUUGGACAAGGAAACCAAGGAGAGAGGGCUGGAGUGGAAGGAGAAAACGGACCCCCUCAGGAACCUCAUCAAGGAACUGAUGGAGAUCUGCCGGUAUGACGUCUCAUUGCCCCGCCUGCAGAGCCUGCUGGACAUGCUGUCUCAAGACCGCCCUGAGAAAGAGAAGCAGAUGCUGUUCAAAGUAUUUAUGGAGGAGGGCGGAUCAGCACUUUUGCAGAGGAUGUUUGAGUGUCCAACAUGGGAUGAGUCAAGAUCACAGGUGCUAAAUUUGAGGUAUAAGAUUGUUUUGCUUCUAGCAGAACGUGGACUUGCCGGAGAAGGAAAGGAGUUUGACAAGACUGGAGACAUUGCAGGAGAUCCUAAAGGAGAAAUUAAACUGUGGCCCGAGCAGAGUGGCAAGGUGUACAUCCCCUACAACGUCUCCAUCGCCUUCAAUGCCAGUGACAGAAAAGCCAUUCAGCAGGCCAUUGACGAGCUGACUGAGAAAACGUGCAUCAGAAUGAUUCCCAAAGACCUCCAGGAGGACUACUUUUUCUUCAGAGCAUUGGGAAGGGACUCCUCACCGCUGGGUGCCAGUGCAGGAGGAGGAGCUCGGUCCAUCGCCCUGGAGCCCAACAAGGUGGACAAGAGCGUGGUGCUUAGUGAGCUCAAGCACGCGUUCGGGUUCCAUCGCAACCAGCAGAAUGGAAGCCAUGACUGGGUCAAGCACCGAGAUGGCAAAGUCUACGUUCGCUACGACGUCUGCACUGGUUUCGGCACCAAUGACAAGGAGAACAUCCAGCAAGCAGUCAACGAACUUGCAGAGGAAACCUGCGUCCGGCUCAUGCGGAAAGACAACCAGGAGGACUACAUCAACUUCCAGGCCCUGGACGGGAGCUGGUCGUUCCUGGGCAAGAAGGGAGGGGCUCAGUCCGUGUCCUUGGAGCCCGGGAAGGUGGACAAGGGCACGGUUCUGCACGAGCUCAUGCACGCGCUCGGCUUCCACCACGAGCACUGCCGCAGCGACCGCGACCAGCACAUCAAGGUCCACGAGGACAACAUCGAGGAAUAUGAUCUAGGGCAGUUCAAACGGCUGGAAUGCAGUGGCUCUGGAGAAGAUCUGCCCUACGACUACCUCUCCAUCAUGCACUACGGCAGGUACGCCUCGUCCUCGGAUCACAUGAGUGAGACGAUUACCCCCACGACAGCAGCUAGAGCUCCCAUCGGCCAGAGGAGCGGCCUCAGCCCCCUGGACGUGCUCAGGGUGCAGCACAAGUACCAACCGAAACUGGCUGGCAUUUCAGCUGACAAAGCCUUGAAGGACGCUCUUGCUAAGACGGCCUCUCUCUCUGAAAGCCUGGAGGAGCCUCCUCGCCCGACACCAGAUGUUACUGCAGAAAUGGAGAUGUUUCAUUUGAUGCUGAUGCAGCACAUGCAACAGACGCUUUUUGAACGACUGGUGGAGGGACCACGAAGGGAGAUGAUGCAGCAACAGAGGGAAUUGAUGGAGAUGUCGCCACUGCAAAUAUUGUUGCAGAGGCAGAAACCUCCACAGAUGUCCUUACUGCAGAGUUUGCUGCAACAAAGAGCGAUGCAACAGAGAGAGAUGCUACAGAGAGCGAUGCAACAAAGAGAGAUGCAACAGAGAGAGAUGCAACGGAGAGAGAUGCAACAGAGAGAGGUGCAACAAAGAGAGGUGCAACAAAGAGAGGUGCAACAAAGAGAGGCGCAACAGAGAGAGAUACAACAGAGAGAGAUGCAACAGAGAUAGGUGCAACAGAGAGAGGUGCAACGGGAGGUGCAACGAAGGGCAGAGCAAGAACGGCAAGCUCAAGAGAAGGCAAAGAAGUCUGACAGCAACUGCUCUAUUCAAUAACAUGGAAUAAUUAAGUACUGUAACUAUUGGUAAACCCUUGAUUGUGUUGAUGUUGAAAGAUUGCAAUGACAUCUAAAGAGAUUUGACAUAAUAGCAUACAUUUUACUGUGCUUUGAUAAUUGUAAAAAUGUAGUUAAAUCACAACAAAUUUGAAGAUGUAGUUAAAUUGUUUAUACAGUCGAUUCUCGAUUAUCCCCGCUAAUGAGGACGGCCGCGGAUAGAUCAAAAUUGCGGAUAAGUAUCAAUUUUACGCGGAUACUUAUGCCAAAACUCACGAAUAUAGGUAUAAAAUUUGAAGUUAGGAUGUUUUAUGGAACUGCUGUCUUCCAACUUACGUUUAGUAGCCAGUUUCUGAUUUAAAGAAAAACAACGCUUCCAUUUAUCUGCCAUCGCACAGUUUAGUAAAUGAAAACUCACUAAAUAAAUGAUCGGAUAAAUCAGUAAAAAUUAAGCACAACUGAAGAUUUUGAUUGUUACUGUUUCAAUUUAGAACGAAUAGUAAGGGUCGACCGAUCAAUGCGCGUGAUAACACUUUCCUGCCAUCAAUAAAACUCUGGCUACUGUUGUAAAGAUAUGAAAAUAUUGUACUGUAAAGGCGAUCGCUUGGAUUUCUGAUUAACCCGAACACAUAUUUGUUCGGUUUAAGCACAUUUCCAAGAAUAACAAAGAACAAUUUGUUCUUUGGUGAUUAAUUUUGGCUUAAGGGAACAUCCAUGAGUUAUUAAUGUCAAAAUCACAGGUGCACAAUCCAAAUCUAGAAACCGCAUGCGGAUAAUCGAGUCUACUGUAUUGCCAUGAUUGCAUUGUAUUUAGAGAGCACGCAUUCAUUUAGUGUCCAAAUAAAGUAGGAUCCUUCCCGUCUAAUUAUCCCACGUGGACUGCUCUGAGAUAUUUCUAUCUUGCCCAGCUGCACCAGUCCAGCUACGAAUCUCCCAUUACUUGAAUAAUCAAAUUACUCUACCGACAUCAAGAAAUCAAUUACUGCACUGAUUGUCGAUUCGAUUACUCGUCUAAUUGUAUAACACGAAACUAGUUUUAAAAAGUCUCACCUCUGUUCUCACGUAUACUGCUGGACGGGACGUGAUUGGCAGAGGCUUGAUGACUUCAUCGGCAUCAACAGCCAUGUUACGCUCGGCGAAGCUUGUCUGGGGUUUGCCGCCUUCGGGAGACCAGAUGUCGGGGCGGUGGCUAUUUUUUAUAGAAGAGAAACUGAAUUCAUAGCCAAAUUCUCUCAUCUCUAUUCUGCAGCAGUGCAUUUAGCUUGGAUCAUAGCACUGGAACUGGGUUAAAAGCCUCACUGAGUGGGACUUAAAAUAGAUACGAGUACCAAUCUGUUAGAGAUUACUGUAGCUGUCCAAGCAAGAUUUACAAAAGACCACUCUUCAGAAAAUAGUGAUCUUAACUCAUUUAGUUUGCAAUCUGAAAAUACGGCAUUGGAAUAUUUACAUACACAAAAAUAAAAUAUGCAUUUGAGAAUUAAUUGAAUAAAGUAAAUAUUUAAGAGGGAUGCAUUACAACCCCUUUUUUAAUUCUCGUUCAGUUUCUCACCGAUAUGUUCCAUGUUGACGCACUGCACUUAAAAAUUGCAUCCAAAGUUCAAACGGAUUUACAGUUUCUACAAAGGAAUGUGUACCAACAUAGACCCAAGGGACUUAUUUUCACUUGUGUUUGUACAGUGAGCUUACUCCGUAGUGCACAGUCGUAAGAACUCUAGAUUCAUCAGACAGGCCUGGUUCUCCAGACCGCUGCCACAAAGUGGCGCUCAUUCUAUCGACGCCGGCAGGUCAACUGGCCAUCAUCGCCUCUUAGCGCUGAUGUUAAUUCCCAUUCGGAAAAUGUUUUUGGAUGCAGUUUGUAUCGUGUUUGAGUGGCUGUCUAAACAAAACACCUGUGUCCCCAAGGUAUAGUGAUGGCCUUUGAAUGUAUGACCUUUUAACACGGGAAGGCCUAUUGAUCUAUGCAGAAAGAUGAUGUAUUCACUAGCAAGUCUAGCCGAGCAUGCAACCUUCUGACGAAAAACUGUAUGGGAAUAUAUUGUUAAAGAAAACAUAUUUUACUUAAUGGGUUUGUUAGAUUUUUUUUCUUAAAAAUUAAGGUACAUUUUAACUAUAUUAAUCUUCGCAUAUUUUAAGUAACAGAUGAACCAAACUAUAUGCAUAUGACGUUCCUGGUAAUGUGUUUUGGGAGACAUGAACACAAGGAAAUGGCCAUGGUUAACUUUCCCCGUGUGUGCAAUAGCAGGGCCAAUCACAUUAAUGUGCACACUGCUUCCAGCAUCAGUCACUUGCAUUCCCGUCUCAAUGUCUGUCUCAAUACAUUAAUAAUUUCACUAUGCUGACCAUUCAGAGGUUGGGCAACAAGAAUAGUGGUUAAAAGUUAUCACAACUUCAUCACAGAUGGGUUGCAAGUUAUAGUGUGACAUAGGCAUUCUUUUCACGUUUGGGGUCAGGCAUAUUAAUGAAACGGGUGGCUACAUUCCUGACCUAAACUUGAUUAUUCCUUCAAAAAUCAAUGGACAGGUUAUGUUAGAUGCUGUGAAGGACACCAUGCCCGAUGGAGAGCUCACUUAUACUCUACACUCGGUUAUAUAUGCUUGUGAUUGAAAAACAUGUAUACGUAUAGCACUAUAUUGUAGAAUGUAAGACUAAGAAUGUGAUAGGAAUCACCUAAUGUGGCAAUAUAUUCAAUGUAAUUUCUGAAAUUAAAUGUAAAACAUGUUCACGUACUAUAUUUUAAUGCUACUCAAAGCACCAUUCUCUCUUUAACCGAUAUCCUCUUGAGACGCAACGCAUUGUGAGCAGCCUAGAAAGGCUCUGCAGGGUCGCACAGUCGUGGCAUCGCACCCGAGAUGAGCGGACACACUCAGCUCCACUCACUGGGGCCACUAACAGUAGGCGUUGUUUACAUUAGUUCUACGAUAUUUGGACAAGAUUUAAUUUUAGUCAAUAACAGAUGCUCCACUGUUUCAUAAAAGAUAGGUUCUUCAACAAAAUGUGUAGAGCAAUAAAUACCAAGAGGCAUAGUGCAUAUAGCGUGCAUUGUCUAGGGCUCUUCUAUAAUGUCAAGUGUCAAAGUUCAUAUUUUCACCAGGUGAUUCAUAUUUUUAGCAAGUGUUGUAUAGAGCUCAAGACCGGUACAAUCGGCUCAAUCAGUGACACAGUUCUCAAAUCACGACCUCUGCACAAUUAUUACUACUUAUGUAUGUGGGUGAAUAC